AUGGAGAAGUUCCCCGACCUCAUAGACCCGCCCAUGGGCGUCCUCUCGCGAUCCCCGAGCCCGCAUAGGCCGCCACCCAGCUUCGCCAACGGCAACCCACCCCGAACCACCGAUCGCUGGUUCCCCGUCGGCAAGCCAGACCACUCGAACGGCUUGGGAUGGUCAGCCGGUGGCCGGGGUCACUCCAGACAGAAGAGUCUUGGUGAUGCCUUUCGCAACAUUAGAGCCCGCAAUGGCAGCGUUGGCCAGAACGCCCAGGAGAUCGCCGAGGCCCUCAGGGCGCCCGUCUCCCCUAAGCUUAUCAUCCUGUGUCUGUUGUGGUACACUUCCUCGGCCCUCACGAAUACCUCUUCAAAGUCCAUCUUGAACGCCUUCCCCAAGCCUGCAACCCUCACCCUCAUUCAGUUCGCCUUCGUCUCGUCGCUGUGCAUCUCGAUCGCCAAACUCGCCGUCGUCUUCCCUGUCUUGCGAACCAAGAUUACGGCCCUCAAGUAUCCGAUCCGAAAGCCAACACGAGAGGUUAUCAUGACCACCCUGCCGCUCGCCGUAUUCCAGAUUGGCGGCCAUCUGCUGAGCUCCGCCGCCACAUCCAAGAUCCCCGUCUCCCUCGUCCACACCAUUAAGGGACUCUCGCCGCUCUUCACCGUCUUCGCUUAUAGAUUCGUCUACGACAUCAGGUACCCCACGGCCACUUACUUGUCACUCAUUCCCCUGACCCUGGGUGUCAUGCUGGCCUGCUCCGGGAAGACGACCUAUGGUGGUGAGCUAAUUGGCGUCAUUCAAGCGCUUCUGGCCGCCAUCAUCUUUGUCUCCCAAAAUAUCUUCUCAAAGAAGCUGUUCAACGAAGCUGCAAAGGCCGAGGCUGAGGCUCCAGGUGUCCCGUCUAAGAAGCUGGACAAGCUCAACCUCCUCUGCUAUUCGUCUGGCAUGGCUUUUAUCCUCACCAUGCCUAUCUGGUUCUGGACCGAAGGCCUGGGGCUCAUCAAGAACAUUUACCAAGAGGGCUCAGUCGACCUAGCCAACACUCCCAACGCAAUGGAUCACGGUCGAUUGUCCCUCGAAUUCGCGUUCAACGGAGUCUCCCAUUUUGGCCAAAACAUCCUCGCCUUCGUCCUGCUCUCCAUGGUCUCUCCCGUCACAUACUCCGUCGCCAGUUUGAUCAAGCGCGUCUUCGUCAUUAUCCUGGCCAUUCUCUGGUUCAGGAGCCCAACGACUCCCAUGCAGGCUGUGGGAAUCGCCCUCACCUUCCUCGGGCUCUACCUCUACGACCGGACUAGUGAGAGCAACAAGGCAGACCGCAAAGCCCAGAUGAUGGCGCAGGGCAAGGAGAUUUCUCUACUCCCCAUGACCAACAACGGCACCAUGCCGACGACUCUCGUUUCUUCUCCGCGGAGUACCAUCAGCGCCCACCCCUACGGCGACGGGUAUCGCGCUCGCGGCACCUCCAUAGACAAGAGGCCGACCCAGAACGGGCGCCACACUCCAUCUGGUAGCAACACGGGCUGGCUCCCCCCCGGCACGAAGCAGGAGGACACUUGGCGAACCGGUGACCGCGUCGCCGGCGUCUCCUGA